AGGUGUCUAUCUCCCCCCUCCCCGCGGGCAGUAGCUGAUGUCAGGGGGCGGGGCUUUGCGGGGAUCGCUGGGAGUUUGCUGACUGUUCGGCUGAGGAUGCUACUGCUGCUGCAGGCCGGCAGUGCUGGAACGAUUCCAAUUGCAGGUGGAGGUGUGAAAAGUUAGAGGUCAUGAGGAGACCGCCCAGCUGCUUAGAGCAACACAAGUAGACACAUGGAUCUGCCAAACAUGCCAGGGGAGCUUGCAGACCCUACAGAACCCUCAGGAAAUUUGACGGAGCAGUGUUAUAGAGCCCACUCGCACAGCACCGUACUUCAGGGCCUCCCUUUUGGUGGGGUCCCAACUGUUCUUGCUAUCAACUUCCUUGCAUGGCUGUUGCUGCUUUUUGUCUUCUCGUGUUUGAGAAAGGCUGCUUGGGACUAUGGACGCCUGGCUCUGCUCAUAGAUAAUGACAGCCCAGGCCUACGGCGCAGAUGGACAUCCUAUGACCUCACCUCUCUGUUUUACGGAGAGCCAACUGAAAAAGAGAAGUCACCCUCUGAGAGCAGGAGCUCGCUCCCGGACCUUAAUACUAAAGAUGUGGGAUUUUGUUCCUGGUUAAGUUCUAUUUAUCAAAUGAAAGAUGAAGAGAUCCAGACUAAGUGUGGAACUGAUGCCAUCACCUAUCUAUCCUACCAACGCCAUUUGCUGGUGUUGAUGCUGCUUAUCUGCGUCCUCUCUGUGUCUAUCAUUCUACCUGUUAACUUCUCUGGUGAUCUUCUGGGUAACAGUCCUGCCCAUUUUGGUCGCACUACAAUUGUCAACGUUCCUACUCAGGACCGUCUUCUGUGGCUGCACAGUGUGUUUGCGCUGGUGUAUUUCUUACUUACUGUUCUGUGUAUGCGCCAUCAUACUUCAUCUCUGCAGAAUAAAGAGGAUGACAAGGUUGCAAGAACACUGAUGGUCACUAAAAUUCCGCAGGAGAUUUCAGACUCUUCACUCAUCACCAAACAUUUCCAUGAGGCCUAUCCAAGCUGCACGGUGACAGAUGUUCAGUUUUGUUACGAUGUACGACGUCUGAUGAAGCUGGAUACUGAGAGACGCAGAGCUAUGAAAGGUCGCUUGUAUUUUGCCGGACGAUCUCAAAAAGAAGGGAAAAUCCUGAUUAAAACACACCGAUGUGGCAGACUCUGCCCUUGCUGCUUCCAGGAGGUUGAGGCUGAGCAAUAUUAUGCAGAGGUGGAGGAAAGGGCGACAGACGAAUUUACUGCAGAGAGGAACCGGAUUGCCCUAAAACGUCUUGGCAUAACAUUUGUGACUUUCCAGGAUGACAGGAUGACUGCGGUGAUCAUUCAGGAUUACAGCCGCACACUUUGUCGCAGGUCACUACAGCAAUCUUCGGUCACACCACUACUGCAUUCUCAUCAGUGGGUUGUGCGCUAUGCCCCAGCACCUAAUGACAUUAUCUGGGAGAACCUUGCUAUGUCAGGCCCAAUCUGGUGGGUUCGUUUUGCGGCUCUUAACCUUUUGCUGUUUUUGCUGCUCUUCUUCCUGACCACGCCGGCUGUUAUUGUCAGUACCAUGGACAGAUUCAACGUCACCCACCCUGUGGAAAACCUGCAGAGCAUCAACAGAUUCCGCGGGUCUAUAAAAAAUCCGAUUAUCACUCAGUUCCUCCCCACAUUCCUCCUCUGGAUGUUCUCAGUUUGCCUCCCAUUCUUGGUUUAUUAUUCAGCUUUCCUGGAGUGUCACUGGACAAGAUCCAAUGAAAAUCAGCUCACAAUGCACAAAUGCUAUUUUUUCCUGAUCUUUAUGGUUAUUAUUCUGCCAUCUUUGGGUCUGACCAGCUUGGAUCUCUUCUUCCGUUGGCUGUUUGAUACUCAUUUUUUGGAUGAAGCCAAUGUUAAAUUCCAGUGUGUGUUCCUCCCUAACAAUGGCGCAUUCUUUGUAAAUUAUGUGAUAACAGCGAGUCUGAUCGGAACUGCAAUGGAGCUGCUUCGAAUCCCAGGACUCACAGUGUAUGCAGCACGUUUAUGCUUUGCCAGGACAGAGCCUGAGCGCCUCCAUGUCAAACGGAAUCAGGCUUAUGAGUUUCAGUUUGGACUGGAAUAUGCCUGGACCACGUGCAUCUUCUCUGUGGUCAUUACGUACAGCAUCACCUGUCCUAUCAUCGUCCCCUUUGGUCUUCUUUACCUGCUUCUGAAGCAUAUGACUGACAGGUAUAAUAUAUAUUAUGCUUACAUCCCUACGAAGCUUAGGCCCAGCCUGCACAUAGCAGCCGUCAAACAACUGCUUGUGGCCCCUAUGCUGUGCAUCUUCUGGCUGCUCUUCUUCUCUGUACUACGCCUAGGUUCCACACAUCCAAUAACUCUCUUUACCUUUGCUGCACUUCUCGCCUGCAUGUUGUUCUCCGUGUUUGGUUUGUGUCUUCGGAAGUUGCAGCCUAAGAAACCUUCCAGUUACCAGUUGUCUGAACAGGGUGAAGGAAUCAUGCAGGACACAGAGAGAAGCAGUAUUUCUUCAGCGCUUCAAUCCAAUGCGUUCUUGGCUUCUGUGCUACAAGAUCAGGAUCUCUCACCACUUCCAUCUCCAGCUCACGCUUCAUAUGGUGCUCUGGAGAUGCGAGAAGAUCACUCUGGGGAAGAGGCAGAGAUUGCCCCUCAAAGCCCGGAGGACACUGACCACUAAGAGUGGGUUGCACAUGCAGAGAAGCAGAGGGGAGUGACUGAUAAACACGGGUCUGUUUACAGAUGGAAAUCGUAUUGCUGUAGAAUUGGGCUUCUGUGUAGUUUGUAGGCCUGUGUCCCCUCUGGUGUGUGUGUUGGUCAGUUUGUACUAUAUGUGGGCCUUAUGUGUCUUCUCUAUGGUCAAUAUGCGGUUGAGUGUAGGUCUGUGUCCCCUCUGGUGUGUGUGUUGGUCAGUUUGUACUAUACAUGGGCCUUAUGUGUCUUCUCUAUGGUCAAUGUGCGCGGGUGAGUGUAGGCCUGUGUCCCUUCUGGUAUGUGUGUUGGUCAGUUUGUACUAUACGUGGGCCUUAUGUGUCUUCUCUAUGGUCAAUAUGCGGGUGAGUGUAGGCCUGUGUCACCUCUGGUGUGUGUGUUGGUCAGUUUGUACUAUACGUGGGCCUUAUGUGUCUCAGUUUUCUCUAUGGUCAGUGUGCGGGUGAGUGUAGGCCUGUGUCCCCUCUGGUGUGUAUGUUGGUCAGUUUGUACUAUACGUGGGCCUUAUGUGUCUUCUCUAUGGUCAAUGUGCGCGGGUGAGUGUAGGCCUGUGUCCCCUCUGGUGUGUGUGUUGGUCAGUUUGUACUAUACGUGGGCCUUAUGUGUCUUCUCUAUCGUCAAUAUGCGGGUGAGUGUAGGCCUGUGUCCCCUCUGGUGUGUGUGUUGGUCAGUUUGUACUAUACGUGGGCCUUAUGUGUCUUCUCUAUGGUCAAUAUGCGGGUGAGUGUAGGCCUGUGUCCCUUCUGGUAUGUGUGUUGGUCAGGUUGUACUAUACGUGGGCCUUAUGUGUCUUCUCUAUGGUCAAUAUGUGGGUGAGUGUAGGCCUGUGUCACCUCUGGUGUGUGUGUUGGUCAGUUUGUACUAUAUGUGGGCCUUAUGUGUUUCAGUUUUCUCUAUGGUCAAUGUGCGGGUGAGUGUAGGCCAGUGCCCCCUCUGGUGUGUGUUUUGGUCAGUUUGUACUAUACAUGGGCCUUAUGUGUCUUCUCUAUGGUCAGUGUGCGGGUGAGUGUAGGUCUGUGUCCCCUCUGGUGUGUGUGUUGGUCAGUUUGUACUAUACGUGGGCCUUAUGUGUCUUCUCUAUGGUCAGUGUGCGGGUGAGUGUAGGUUUGUGUCCCCUCUGGUGUGUGUGUUGGUCAGUUUGUACUAUACAUGGGCCUUAUGUGUCUUCUCUAUGGUCAGUGUGCGGCUAAGUGUCUUCUUGUUUCUGGUGAGUGUAGGCCUGUAUCCUCUGGACAGUGUGUAUUGUCUGUGUGUGCUGUGUUAUUGUGUGCAUGGGCAUUGAGUUGGUCAGGAUCUCAGUAUGUGUACUGGCCACUGUGUUAGCGUCGCUGGUGCAUUUGGAUCAGUGUCCCUAGUUUAGCCGGUUACAUGUGUAUCAGGAGGAGUUCUGUCUGGGAUGUGUGGGUCAGUGUGCUCCCCAAUCGUGUGUAGCAAUUUUCUGUCUGGGUUAUGUGUGUUAUCUUCUUCUUUGGCUGUUGUGUGAAUUUGUACCUCUCUGGCCAGUCGGGUCAGGUUAUUUGCUGUGUAUUGGGCAUUGUCCCUGAUUGACAUGUCUGUGUCCCUGCUUGGGAUUUUUAACAGUCAGUGUAUAUGCUGUCUGCAUAGCAGUGUGUGGUAUCUUGUGCACAUCUGAGUCUAGAAUUUGUGGUUCCUGCUCCCGCAGGCAGUGUGUGGUUAAAGUAUCUUUUUUGAGUCUUUCCUAUCCUGAAAAUGUGUGUUAGUAUCCAUGCUGAGAAGUGUAGGUGUGUCAGCCCAGCAAUGCCUGGGUUUUUUGUGGUCAGGGUAUUGGGUAGUGGCUGUCUGUUUACAUUUUCAGUGCCAGUGCACAAUAGGAAAUGUGUCACGCAGUGUUUGGAUAGAUUGAACAUAAAUAUCCUCUCUGGUCUGGUGUCUAUAGACAGUGUGUGGGAUUGUAGCAUUUCUGCCUAAUUAAUUAUUUAGUAUGAAGAGUGUUUGGAAGUGUUUGUGAGUAUAUAUGUGUGUGUGAAUAUAUAUGUGUAUGUAUGUGUGUGUAUACAGUAUGUGGGUAUGUACAUGUGUGUGUAUACAGUAUGUGGGUAUGUACAUGUGUGUGUAUGUAUGUGUGUGUAUACAGUAUGUGGGUAUGUACAUGUGUAUGUAUGUGUGUGUAUACAGUAUGUGUGUAUGUACAUGUGUGUGUAUACAGUAUGUGUGUAUGUAUGUAUGUGUGUGUAUACAGUAUGUGUGUAUGUAUGUAUGUGUGUGUAUACAGUAUGUGUGUAUGUACAUGUGUAUGUAUGUAUGUGUGUGUAUACAGUAUGUGGGUAUGUACAUGUGUAUGUAUGUGUGUGUAUACAGUAUGUGUGUAUGUACAUGUGUGUGUAUACAGUAUGUGUGUAUGUAUGUAUGUGUGUGUAUACAGUAUGUGUGUAUGUAUGUAUGUGUGUGUAUACAGUAUGUGUGUAUGUACAUGUGUGUGUAUGUAUGUGUGUGUAUACAGUAUGUGGGUAUGUAUGUACAUGUGUAUGUAUGUAUGUAUGUGUGUGUAUACAGUAUGUGGGUAUGUACAUGUGUGUAUGUAUGUGUGUGUAUACAGUAUGUGGGCAUGUACAUGUGUGUAUGUAUGUGUGUGUAUACAGUAUGUGGGUAUGUACAUGUGUAUGUAUGUGUGUGUAUACAGUAUGUGGGUAUGUACAUGUGUGUAUGUAUGUGUGUGUAUACAGUAUGUGGGUAUGUACAUGUGUGUAUGUAUGUAUGUGUGUGUAUACAGUAUGUGGGUAUGUACAUGUGUAUGUAUGUGUGUGUAUACAGUAUGUGGGUAUGUACAUGUGUGUGUAUGUAUGUGUGUGUAUACAGUAUGUGGGUAUGUACAUGUGUGUGUAUGUAUGUGUGUGUAUACAGUAUGUGGGUAUGUACAUGUGUGUAUGUAUGUGUGUGUAUACAGUAUGUGGGUAUGUACAUGUGUGUAUGUAUGUGUGUGUAUACAGUAUGUGAGUAUGUACAUGUGUGGGUAUGUAUGUGUGUGUAUACAGUAUGUGGGUAUGUACAUGUGUAUGUAUGUGUGUGUAUACAGUAUGUGGGUAUGUACAUGUGUAUGUAUGUGUGUGUAUACAGUAUGUGGGUAUGUACAUGUGUAUGUAUGUGUGUGUAUACAGUAUGUGGGUAUGUACAUGUGUGUGUAUGUAUGUGUGUGUAUACAGUAUGUGGGUAUGUACAUGUGUGUGUAUGUAUGUGUGUGUACACAGUAUGUGGGUAUGUACUUGUGUGUGUAUGUAUAUGUGUGUAUACAGUAUGUGGGUAUGUACAUGUGUGUGUAUGUAUGUGUGUGUAUACAGUAUGUGGGUAUGUACAUGUGUAUGUAUGUGUGUGUAUACAGUAUGUGGGUAUGUACAUGUGUGUGUAUGUAUGUGUGUGUAUACAGUAUGUGGGUAUGUACAUGUGUAUGUAUGUGUGUGUAUACAGUAUGUGGGUAUGUACAUGUGUAUGUAUGUGUGUGUAUACAGUAUGUGGGUAUGUACUUGUGUGUGUAUGUAUGUGUGUGUAUACAGUAUGUGGGUAUGUACAUGUGUGUGUAUGUAUGUGUGUGUAUACAGUAUGUGGGUAUGUACAUGUGUAUGUAUCUGUGUGUAUACAGUAUGUGGGUAUGUACAUGUGUAUGUAUGUGUGUGUAUACAGUAUGUGGGUAUGUACUUGUGUGUGUAUGUAUGUGUGUGUAUACAGUAUGUGGGUAUAUACUUGUGUGUGUAUGUCAACAGCAUGAUAGUAAGUGUCCUCUCUGUGACCUGUUGAGCAGCAGUUUCUCUGGUCAGUAUCCGCUCUUUAGUAUGUAGAUGUGUGACCAUGUGUGGGCCAUCAGUCUCUCUCUGGUCAGUGCCAUGUCUGGUCAGUAUAUAAGUGUGUGACCAUGUGUGGGCCAGCAGUCUCUCUCUGGUCUGUGUCAUGUCUGGUCAGUAUAUAAGUGUGUGACCAUGUGUGGGCCAGCAGUCUCUCUCUGGUCUGUGUCAUGUCUGGUCAGUAUGUAGGUGUGUGACCGUGUGUGGGCCAGCAGUCUCUCUCUGGUCUGUGUCAUGUCUGGUCAGUAUAUAAGUGUGUGACCAUGUGUGGGCCAGCAGUCUCUCUCUGGUCAGUGUCAUGUCUGGUCAGUAUGUAGGUGUGUGACCGUGUGUGGGCCAGCAGUCUCUCUCUGGUCAGUGCCAUGUCUGGUCAGUAUAUAAGUGUGUGACCAUGUGUGGGCCAGCAGUCUCUCUCUGGUCAGUGCCAUGUCUGGUCAGUAUAUAAGUGUGUGACCAUGUGUGGGCCAGCAGUCUCUCUCUGGUCAGUGUCAUGUCUGGUCAGUAUGUAGGUGUGUGACCGUGUGUGGGCCAGCAGUCUCUCUCUGGUCAGUGUCAUGUCUGGUCAGUAUGUAGGUGUGUGACCAUGUGUGGGCAAGCAGUCUCUCUCUGGUCAGUGUCAUGUCUGGUCAGUAUGUAGGUGUGUGACCAUGUGUGGGCCAGCAGUCUCUCUCUGGUCUGUGUCAUGUCUGGUCAGUAUGUAGGUGUGUGACCGUGUGUGGGCCAGCAGUCUCUCUCUGGUCAGUGCCAUGUCUGGUCAGUAUAUAAGUGUGUGACCAUGUGUGGGCCAGCAGUCUCUCUCUGGUCUGUGUCAUGUCUGGUCAGUAUGUAGGUGUGUGACCAUGUGUGGGCCAGCAGUCUCUCUCUGGUCUGUGUCAUGUCUGGUCAGUAUGUAGGUGUGUGACCGUGUGUGGGCCAGCAGUCUCUCUGGUCUGUGUCAUGUCUGGUCAGUAUGUAGGUGUGUGACUGUGUGUGGGCCAGCAGUCUCUCUGGUUAGUGCCAUUUCUGGCCAGUAUGUAGGUGUGUGUGUGUGGGCUAGUAGUCUCUCUGGUCAGUGCCAUGUCUGGUCAGCAUGUAGGUGUGUGACCGUGUAUGGGCCAGCAGUCUCUCUGGUCAGUGCCAUGUCUGGUCAGUAUGUAGGUGAGUGACCGUGUGUGGGCCAGCAGUCUCUUGCUGGGCAGUGCUGGCUCUGUUCAGUAUGUAGGUGUGUGACCAUUUGUUGGCCAGCAGUCUUUCUGGUCAGUGCCGUGUCUGGUCAGUAUGUGGGUGUGAUACCAUGUGUGGGCUAGCAGUGUCUCUGGUCAGUGCCAUGUUUGGUCAGUAUGUAGAUGUGUGACCAUGUGUCUGCUAGUAGUCUUUCUGGUCAGUGCCAUGUCUGGUCAGUAUGUGGGUGUGUGACCAUGUGUGGGCUAGCAGUCUCUCUGGUCGGUGCCAUGUUUGGUCAGUAUGUAGGUGUGUGACCGUGUGUGGGCUAGCAGUCUCUCUGGUCGGUGCCAUGUUUGGCCAGUAUGUAGGUGUGUGACCAUGUGUGGGCCAGCAGUCUCUCUGGUCAGUGCCAUGUCUGGUCAGUAUGUAGGUGUGUGACCAUGUGUGGGCCAGCAGUUUCUCUGGUCAGUGUCCUCUGCUUUUGUGUAUAGUACAUCUCACUAUACGAAGAUAAAGAAUUGCUCCACCUUUGACCAGUCUGUUGAGCUUGAUGUGUUAUAACAUUUGCUGCUAACAAGCUGAGCAAACCGUGACCCACAAUACUGAGGUUUUAUUGGGAGAUGAGGUAAACAAACUUUGGGGCCAGAUGCAGAGAAUUUGCCAACGCUGUAGUUCUUUAUUUUUUUUUUCUAUCCAACUACGACUCUGCUAAUGAUCCCCCCUCUCUGUCACUGCCCCAUCUGCACUCCCAUGCUGUAGUUUGUGCCUAUGCAUGGGGAUCCAACGCGUUUUGCAUUUGGAAAUAUUUAUUAACUUGCUGUUUUUGCCAAAUAUAAUUUUAAAAUUAAA